CAGAUCCCUCUAUACUGGAUCCCUGCUUUUCAAACUGCAGCAGGGGACUGGUGUAUUAUCAAAACAUCAAGAAUUGCAUUUCUUCUCCUCUAAGCAGUGUGAAGAUGUGGAUGCUGAGUCUUCAGGUGGUUGUCGUUUCUGUGCUCCUACAGGUGCCCGGUUGUUUCCCAUCAUGCCUCAUUCUGGGCUCUGUAGCUAACUGUGGCUUCCAGAACCUCCACUGGAUUCCUCCUCUCCCUCCUCACAUCACCCACCUGUACCUGGAGAUGAACCACAUCCACGAGAUCAACUCCACCUCCCUGUCGGGCCUGGAGGAGCUGCAGGCGCUGGACCUGGGGCUACAGUACGUUCCUCUUGUGAUCAGGAACCACGCCUUCAGCGGGCAGAGGCGCCUGAGGAGGCUUGUGCUCGGCUUCAACGCCGGCCUUCAACUGGAGCCGCUGGCUUUUAUCGGACUGUCGGGUUUGCAGAGCCUCCACCUGGACUACUGUUCUCUGCAAGCAUCCAUCCUGAAGGAGAACUAUCUGGAGCCACUGUCCUCCUUGGAAACUCUUGACCUCUUUGCUAACAAGAUAAAAAGACUGCAGCCUUCAAUGUUUUUUACAAACAUGACUAAUUUGAAAGUUUUGAAUCUUAAGCUGAACCAAAUCGACAGAAUAUGUCGAUCUGAUCUGGUUGGUUUUCAAGGAAAGAACUUUACGGUCCUGAACUUGGCCUCGGUGGGUCUUAAGGCCAUGUUUAAGGAACAUUUUGACUGGCAGGAAUGUGGGAAUCCUUUCAGGGGAAUGUCCUUUCAGACACUUGACCUGUCACACAACGCGUUCAGUGUGAGUGGGUCCAAGCGCUUUUUCACAGCCAUCAAAGGGACCGAAAUCUCCAAUCUCAAACUGUCAGGUCACAUGGGUAAAGGAUUCUCACACAACAAUCUUCCUGACCCAGACCACGGCACGUUUGUCGGCCUGAAUGGCAGCUCAGUCCGCACUUUGGAUCUGUCGAACAACCGGAUAUUUGCAUUGCAAGAGGGGGUUUUUCGUCCGCUGGAAGAAGUCGCAAUCAUUGACGUUUCCCGUAACAAAUUGAAUCAGAUACACCGACAUGCCUUUGAAGGUCUUGAGGGACAUUUGAGAAUGCUCAACCUGUCACACAACCUGCUAGGGGAAAUCCAUUCUUACACUUUUGAUUCCCUGACAAACCUGAGAGUGUUGGACUUGUCUUACAAUCACAUAGGUGUCCUGGGCUACGGCUCAUUCAGUGGACUUCCACAAUUAAAAGCAUUAUAUCUAACAGGAAACUCUUUGCGAGACCUUGGCUUCCCCGCUUCCCUCCCAAGAUUAGAUUAUCUGAUGUUGAAUGACAACAAACUGGAGUCGUUGCCGGUGAGUGCUCUGGCGCGCUUUGCCGGUAAUGUUAUGCAUCUGGACAUUAAGGACAACCGUUUGACAAACCUGGGGGACGUUACCACGCUUUUGACUCAUCUAAAACGGCUCUUCUAUGGAGGAAACACAAUCCAAUGGUGUACGCUCAGUGGGCGAGUUUCAGCAGUUGGUUCGAGCAAUGUCCAAACUCUAGAUCUUCACAGCAGUUCCCUGCAGUCCAUGUGGUCUCAGGGGAGGUGCCUGAAUCUGUUUGACAAUCUGGGACGAGUGAUCGCUCUGAACUUGAGCUUCAAUGCACUGCAGUCUCUUCCUCGGGGCCUUUUCAAGGGCCUUGCCUCAGUGGCAGAGAUGGACCUCUCGUUCAACAGCUUGACCUAUCUCCCGCCUGAUGUGUUACCAAAUAGUCUCAAAGUACUCAACCUCUCCAACAACUUUGUAGCCUCCCCUGACCCCGUUGCGUUUCGCUUUCUAAGCUUCCUCGACCUUAAAAUGAACCGAUUCCACUGCGAUUCCAACCUGAAGGGCUUCCUGACUUGGCUGAAGAAGACCAACACGACCCUUCUUAGUCCUGUUGCGGAGCUCAGGUGUGAAUUUCCUUCUGCUCUCUAUAAUGUGUCUCUGUUAGAUUUCUCUGUUUGGACCACGCAGCAGGUAACCAGCAACUAAAAGUGAAAAAAUAGGUUGGGCCAUCUAGGGGAACAACUAGAAUUGUAAGAAAUGAAACACAAAGACCAUCUAACGUUGAUUUUUUAAAUCUCUGUAUGAUUUGACUUCACUUCACUGUAAAAAAAAAAUUCUGAGUCUCAGAAAGAACUGUGUCAAUAAAGCGUAUUUGUUUGAAAUAUUGUGGUAAAUAUAGAGCGCCUGAUUACCUGGUAUACAUCUGUGUCGUUCCAUCUAGAAUAAUCAUCAAAACACAUCACAAUUUCUUCAUUAGAAUUUGCAUUGGUCAUCUGAAUCUCUUCAUAGCUAACCAAAAACCAUAAUGGUCAAUUCUGUAGCUUUAGCAGUAAAAAACUAACCUCUUCUCCAAUGCAUGCUGGGAAAAACUUCAGCCCUCAAUCACCAAACAAGUGUAGAAAAUUGACAGAUAUAAGACUAAGGCUCAAUCCCAGUGCCCACAUUAACCCAUGUACAGACUUAAAGAGACAUAAGGCAUAAAGGUCCUAAUCCUGUGAGGGAUUAGGACCUUUAUGCACUCUUUAUCUGUAAAUACCAAGACCCAUACAUCCAUACUAUUCUAUGCAUUCAUUUAGGAGAUGGUAGUAUGUCCCAAUUAAAUGCAUACUGCAUGAAAUUGAAAAUACUUUGUAAGGUCAGCUGCAAGCUGUUGUUCUAAUGAUGUUCUAAAAGUACAAAUAAACAUGUGAAUUGGAACAUAGUGUUAAGCAACAGUCAAUUACCAACAAUUCAUGCGGGAUUGAGAUCCGAAAAAUGCAAAUCAAUUUCAUACACAUCAAAGCAAUAAGUGGCCUCCAUGUGAACUUUAUGGAGAUAUCUAAACAUUGAAUGUUUUCAUUCAUUUGGAGAUUCAUUUAGUUUGUUUUGUUUUGUCUAUGUAGUAAACUCUGACACAGACAAUUCGUGCAUACUUCAUUUACCUUGCAAAGUCUGCAUUAAAUGUACGAUGACAGACUUAAUCUGACACUACGGCUGUGUCUCACCGAACAACCCUUUCACUUUGUGGGACAUGAAUCACAUUUCUUCUGCCCCAGUGGGUGCCUGUAAAAUGAAUAGGAUGUUCAGCAUUUAACACAUAUUAUGAACACACAGGUUGUCAUCAGUUACAGAGUAGGAAAAAUAAUGUCUUUAUCGCUUCUCACAACUACAAUACCCACAGAAAUGAAUAUGUGUAACUUGAGAAGCAACAAUUGUAACAUUAAGUGAUUGAUUUGUUAAAAAAUGAGUAGGUUUAGGUUUGUAUCUUAACGAUCCAUCCACUUGUCCACAAGUCCAGUGUUCAUAAACAAAACUGGCUAUUUAAAGUAUUGUAGGUAUUGAGGAAAAGGUUUCCUAUUAUUUAACGGAUGGAAAUAAAGCCUUGAGAUGGAACCCACAGUGAUUCCUUUUCUUACAGCAGAGGGCAGCACCAGCACAGUUAGUAAAAUGAUGUAAU